AUGGCACGUCCCAUUUCGCGGUCCGCGCCCGCUUUCAUUCGCAUUAAGAAGGCAGACGGCUCCACAUCAAAGCCAGACGAUGUCAACGCUCCCACGCCUACCCCCUCCCCCAAGUCCGAGCCUCCCCAGCAGCCAUCGCCCUCCGAGCAGCCUGCCAGCAUUCCUAAGGACCUGAAGUCCCCACCCCCCUUCGAGCCAGAAGUUCGCUCCGCCGCGCCUCCUGACGUGCGCGGCGCCGGUGAGCCCGCGCCUGAGAUGAGCCAAAGUGCGCCAUCGGAGCCGCCCUCCCCCGUCGCUGAAGCCGACGAGAUCCCCGACAAGCCGGAUCUCUCGAAACUCCCGUCGCUGGACAUUGACCCCGAGGCCAACGUCCCGUUCAUUGAGCAGCCUAAGGAGGGCAAGGAGAAGGACGAGAAGAAGAAGACCGGUGGCAAGAAGCGCCCCGAGUACGUCUCGAGCAUUGAGCGCCAACGCCGCUUUAUGACCCGUCUCGGCAUGGCGUCCCUCCUUCUUGGUGGUCUGGGUGCCGCGUACUACCUUGGAAACCAGGAGGGCAAGGAAAAGGGCGGGAACCCGCUCGAGAACUUCAAAAACAACCUCGGCGAGCUUACCGACAUCUUCUCUAAGCCUGCGUUCACCAAGCUUCUGCCUGACCCGCUUCCGCCUCCCCACCAGCGUCCCUACACUCUUCUCGUCGACAUCGAGGAUAUGCUCGUCCAUUCGACGUGGGACCGCACGAACGGAUGGCGGACCGCGAAGCGGCCCGGCGUUGACUACUUCCUCGCCUACCUGAGUCAAUUCUACGAGAUUGUCGUUUUCUCGUCUCAGCCCGUCUAUACCGCUCUUCCUGUUGCCGAGAAGCUUGACCCUAUGACCCUCUACCUGCCCUACAAGCUCUUCCGUGACGCAACACGCUACGUUGACGGCCACAUCGUCAAGGACCUUUCAUACCUCAACCGUGACCUCUCCAAGGUCGUAAUGCUCGAGACAAACCCCGAGCAUGCCUCGCUGCAGCCCGACAACGCGAUCAUCAUGAAGCCGUGGGACGGUUCCAAGGGUGACCGGGGUCUCGUCGAGAUGAUCCCCUUCCUUGAGUCCAUUGGUAUCUUCCAGCCGGCAGACGUCCGCCCUGUCCUGAAGCACUACGCAGGCAAGGACAUUCCUCGCGAGUAUGCGAAGAAGGAGGCUGAGGCGAAGGCUGCCGCUAUCGCCGAGUGGGAGCGUAACCACCCCUCUGGGUCUGGCGGCGGCUGGUCUCUCGGCAGCGUGUUCGGCGGCGGAUCUUCCACUGCCCGGCCCAAGCAGCCUAUGACCUACCUCGAGAUCAAGCGUCAGCAAGCUCAGCGCAUGUACGAGGAGGAGCAGAAGUAUUACAAGGAGCAUGGCGCCGAGAUUAUGAAGAUGAUCGAGGAGGACAAGGAGCGCCAGAUGGCGGAGAUGAAGGCCGGUAUCAAGGGCAUGUUCGGCAUGGGCGGCGAGAACGCGCCGGGUGCCCCGCCUGCACAGAACACUCAAGCCCAGGCCCAGGCCCAGCCCGCAAAGUAG